AUGGGUUGGUUCUGGGCCGAUACCUCCGCGACCGCGGCUCCCGCGAGCACACCCGCCGCAACGGGCUGUCCUGUCCCUCAUGCGGCUCGCUCGAGACCUGCCGCAGCACAGGAUGGCCAGGCUCCGCCGGCCGGAUGCCCCAUGCACAAAGCUACCAUUGACGCCUUCACCGUGAGCAAGCACAAGCGUCCCACGACCGACGACGCCGCUCCCUCUGCCUGUCCCGUCCCCCACGGCCAACCCCAGCCCGCCCCCAAGGAGAAAUCCCUUCUCUCCCAGCUCAACCCCCUCAACUACAUGUUCCCCGACCUCUCCAACGCGCCCGCCCCGAACCAAUCCAUCAAGCUCCCUACGAGCCGCGAAGAGUCCUCCAUCCCCCGCGCCGACGCCAACGAGAACUGGGAGUACCCUUCUCCACAGCAAAUGUACCACGCCCUCCUGCGCAAGGGUUACCAGGACACCGACAUCACCGCCGUCGAGGAGAUGGUCGCCGUGCACAACUUCCUUAACGAGGGGGCCUGGGCCGAAGUCGUCGGUUGGGAGAAGAGGUUUUCUAGCGGGCUGAUGAAGGGGUGGGAGGCGUGUAGGAGGGGCGAGGAGAAUGCGCCGGAGCAGUUGAUGAAGAUGAGGGAGGCUUAUGAGACUGAGCCGACUUUGAUUCGGUUCCAGGGACGGCCGAAGGAGAUGACGCCUAAGGCUGCUUUCCUUCAGCUUAUGGCCCGCGUCUACCCGUCCAAGUUUGGAAUGGAACCCCCCUUCGAUCGCCACGAUUGGUACGUCGCCCGAAACGUCAACGGCCAAACAAAGGAAGUCCGCUACGUCAUCGACUACUAUACCGGCCCUCCCGAACCCACCGGCGAACCCGUUUUCUACCUCGACGUCCGCCCAGCCAUGACGCCCACCGGCGCCGCUGAGCGUUUCAUCCGCUGGGGCAGCGACGUCUGGUGGCGCGCUUCCGGUGGAUCCGCGAGGGAGGCUGAGAAGCAAGUUAAGACUACUUGA